CCAGUAACCAGGGACGACCGCGGCUACCGAGCGCCGGCGGCUGCGGCGCCCAGCCCCGCGCAACUCCGCGCCGUGGCCGCCUGCACUGCCAAGGCCUGGCCCUCGCUGCCGGGACCCCGAGACCCCUCGAGUCUCCAGCCGAGGUCGCGCAGCCCGCCGGAGUCCCGCGUACGGGACGCGCGGGCACGGCCAGACAAAGGCGCGGCCCCGGCCCGGCCCAGUCGGGCCUGCCGGCCUCCGCGUGCCCCGGCCCGACCCAGCCGCUCCCGCUGGGCGCCCCAAGCGGGUCCGGCCCGGGGAGCGGGGGCCGUGGCCGCCGAGCAUGGGGAAAUCCAACAGCAAGUUGAAGCCUGAAGUUGUGGAGGAGCUGACCAGAAAAACCUACUUUACUGAGAAGGAGGUGCAGCAGUGGUACAAGGGCUUCAUUAAGGACUGUCCCAGCGGGCAGCUGGACGCAGCUGGCUUCCAGAAGAUCUACAAGCAGUUCUUCCCGUUUGGAGACCCCACCAAGUUCGCCACAUUUGUUUUCAAUGUCUUCGACGAGAACAAGGAUGGCAGGAUCGAGUUCUCUGAGUUCAUCCAGGCUCUAUCGGUGACCUCAAGGGGGACCCUGGAUGAGAAGCUGAGGUGGGCCUUCAAGCUGUAUGACUUGGAUAACGACGGCUACAUCACCAGAAAUGAGAUGCUGGACAUAGUGGAUGCCAUUUACCAGAUGGUGGGGAACACUGUGGAGCUCCCGGAAGAGGAGAACACGCCAGAGAAGAGGGUGGACCGGAUCUUCGCCAUGAUGGACAAGAAUGCCGAUGGGAAGCUGACGCUUCAGGAGUUCCAGGAAGGCUCCAAGGCCGAUCCCUCCAUCGUGCAGGCGCUGUCCCUCUACGAUGGGCUGGUAUAGUCCAGGCCCAGAGCUAGGAUGUGUGGGAACCACUUGCCUCCUCCUGUGCCAUGAGGCCACCGCAGCCUGACACCGCCCCUGUGCCCACCCAGCCUUCCUCAUCGUGACACACGCCUGCUGGCGCCCUUGAGCCUCCAGGCUCGGUUCUCUCCCCCCCUGCCCUGCAUCCACCUGCCGCCUGAAGCCACUGGUUCCAAUUGUCAACAACCUCCGCUUGUCCAAAACAGCGAUGACGAACUGACGAACGAAACAGAAAAGGCUUGAGCCCUCUGCAAAACUAAGGCCACGGCUGCCUCCCUCCGGCAACCGUUCCGUCCCUCCUGCUCUCCUGCGUGUGUGCUUUCUUUUUUUUAUUUCAAACGGACAUUGUUAAAGAAAACAAACAAACUACCUUCUGUUCUAGAAGAUACUGACCCUCUGGGUCUCAGAGAACUCUGUCUCUGUCUGGCCCUCUGUAGUGGUGGCCAGGGGCCAGUGCUGCCUGGUGAGGGCUCUCAGCCCAGCCCUUAGCAGCGAGGUCACUGGCAGGCCAGGAUGGUUAGUGAUGGUGGCUCAUGUGAUAACAGUAUUGUAUGUUCUGUGGGGAAAGUGAGGUUUUUUUAUACUCAUAUAUAAUUGAUCCCUUUUAUUUAUUGGUUGUUAACUAUUGCUGCUACCCUGUGUGUCUGAAACUCCCAGAAUGCUGGGCUUCCGUUUACAUGUGCACACCCUCACCCACCUGCCCGCCUCCCUUGGGAGGAUGGUGGCCUGCAGUGGCCAAGAAGCCAAAAAUCUUUUCCCCUUUUUUGUUUUCAGAUACUGUGCUCCAUGUUUGGAGAGGGGAAGGUGGGCAUCCCUAAACGGCUAAUGUACUGUUCUCCCAGCUUCUGCCCUGCACUCCCCACCCCUCUCCUCUGCUCUCCUUGGAGUCUGGAACACUUUUUUUCAAGGACAAACAGGUCUUUUAUUAUUAUUAUUAUUUUUAAUUUUGCAACUCUUGCUGUGAUGUUCCCAGGAGAGAGAAAAUGGAGAGCCUUGUCCCGGGAGUGGGAACUGGGAGAGGGCCUCGGGCACACGGUGUGGAGAGUGUGAAGUGGGCUUCUCUGCCAACCGCUGGCAGGGGGGACGAUGCCACUGCCUCCUUGAUGCUAGAGGUGUGCGUGGCCCGUGAAUUCCGUCUUUCCUGACUCUGUCUGCCUCUCGCAGCAGGCUACAUGGCUUCUUCCCUGCUCGGAGUCUGAGAAGGGGGAGAGGAGAGGACCAGGCCAUGCUGCUGAGGGAGGCUCUGCUUCUCCACGACCUAGUCCAGAGCCAACGAUGGCUCCUUACUGUCCCCAGGAACACCAGGCAGCCGUGGAUCAGAAGCAAGGAGUCUGACGUUGCCUUCUCAGUCAGCAGGGCUGGGGGCCUGGUGGUUGUUCUUGCUGACAUUGUCAUUCUCAGCCUGGAGCUUGGGGUCCUACCUCCGUGACACUAUUCUGUGGUUGUGUUCGCCAGGCUCUGAGUGUCUGAUGGCACCCCCCCCUCAGCCCCUCUUUAGCAUUCUCUGGGCUCUUGGGCUCCUGUGGGGGCUCAUCCUCACCCUGGGCAACUUUCUCAGGUGAGACACGGCCUCCCAACUGCUAAGAGGCAGGACCGGGCCCAUAAUUCUUGCUUCUAGUUUGUGUGGCCUCUGGCCACCAUCGAGAGGGGGAAAAGGCCCCUUGAUUUUGUUCUGCUCCGACCCUACUGUAAUCUCCACCGUUCUUCUGGGAGACCACACUCUUCCUUGCUGUGGUGAGUAGCUGUCAGCUGAAGGAUGGAUGUCCUCCACCAAGAGGUGGCUUUGUCCUGCCUCUGCAUUCCUGUGGGUGGGAAUGCUUAGCCAGCCCACAAGUGCACCCUCUCCAUGGGCAGAACCUUCGCUCAUGCAGCCCCCACCGACAGCGCUCUGGACCCCAGGGGCCCCCACUGAUAGCCCUCCGGACCCCAGGGCCUUCAGUUGCACAGGCAAUUUUCUUCGAGACUUCUUUGGGUCAACUUCCUGCCUGGCCAGUGACAGGGCCUCUAGGUCAGGGAGGAAGUGGGGUGGCGUGGGUUGAGAGGGUGAGAGUGGACUCUGGUCUCUGGAGCUCAGUCACCCUCUCUGUCAGUAGCAUGUCUGAUGCCAUCGAGACGCAAUGGAUUCCUAGCUGAGGACUGUCAAGGGCUAAGCGUGGGUUUUCACCGAGUGUCUGGGUCCAGGUUUCCUCUCCGCAUCUUAGCUUUCUAGUUUGCCACCUCAAGUGUGGCUUUUCGUCUCCACAGUUUCUGUCCUUGGGCCCAAGCCUCGGACGCUGAGACAGCUCUGGGCUGCCUUCUUCCUGGCAGGAUGCCGACACCAUUUUCACGUGAGGAUGUGUGCCGACUGCCUUCCGUCCUUCUUUUUCACCAGCCGUUAGCUGUGGCACACAGCACGCCCAGCAUCUGAGGCUGGGCCUCUUCUGAGCAGCCUGAGGGCCUCUCCCCAAUUCAUUUCCGCUGAGUCCCACCCCAUCUGAUGCUGCUUUCUUUAGGGGUGUGGUCCAGCCUGUGAGGCCAGGUUCCUGGUCCCUCUGCAGACCCAGGGAUGCUGUGCCCCCCACUUCUUCCAAGCGAUUGCUCCCCACUUUGUGUUGAUGGUGACUUCAGAGAGCAUCACGACUUUGUGAUAUCUAGCCAAGUCUAAAAUAACAAGGCAAGCGUAUGCGGCAUUGACGUCUCUUUCUUUAAACACUGCAGUUUGACAGUUGAUUUCCUAUGAAGGUGCAUUUGGGCUUUCAGGGACACUGUCUCUUCUAGGGGACGGUGGGGUGUAGGGUGCCUGGGGAUUGCUGGCAUCUCUCCUGAGAAAGCCCCCACUGGUUGGCCAAGCAGAAAGCCGCUGUGAUUCCUCCCAGUGUAUUUCCAAAUUUACAUGAUCCAAGGAUUACACGGGCGCCCCCUGGUGGUGAUGAGCUACAGCGGCACCUGGGGGCUGCAGUGGUCCAGCAAGUGGUGAUGUUGGAGGCUAGAGGUGGGAAGGCCAAGGAGGCUGUGGUUCAAGAGGCCCUGGACCCCCAGCCGCUCUUAUAUGGCAGCAUGUCUCCCACCUGCCCCUCUGCUCUGCUAGGUCAUCUGGAACUGGCAAGGUAGUUGGCAUAAGGGCACAGUGGGAAGUUUUGCCCUCCCAACUUUAAUUUUUUAAAAAUAUCUGCAGAAUAAACCCAAUGGUUAAUUUUUGAAUGAAUAAAAGGCUUUUGUUGAAUAAAGAGUUGGUCCCAUCUUCUGUCUUGGCACAGGUUCAGGUUUUGUUUGCUUCCUAGGGUGGGGGCAACACUUAGCACCCUUCGCCACUUUAUCCCUGGACAAAUUCCUCUGGGACUUUGGAGGAGUUAUAUUAUUCAUUGGACCUGGUUCUCCAGGCUUCAGAAGGAGGUCAGCCACCUCGCAGGGUUAUAGUGAGGGCUAUAAGUCAGCUAGAGGCCCUUGCAGGGGUGACAGGCUGGAGCAGGUCCUGUAGCUCCUGAAGGACCGAGAAAGGUGAUGUUCCGGUUGUGGUGUUUGCAUCCUUCCCUGCUUGUGUCCCCAGCACCCUCAGAGUCAUUUUGGGGUGCCGUCCUGUCUGUGUCUUGGGGGGAGAAAGGGAGGCCCUCACCUGGUGGUACAAUCCAAGGAUGGGCUUUGUUGCAUGUCCAGGCCUCCUCCCUGCUCCCGCUGUAUGUCGUCUGUGUCUGGCCAAUUAAACACGCUUCCU